GUACUGACGUCGUAAUAUUCUGCGCAUGCGUCGUUUGCAGGAGUACAGAAGCAAUCACAUUUGUUUAUUUAUCAGUAUAUUAUUAUUUAGGGUGCCAUAUGUGUUCUGUUACAAAUAGGCUAUAUAUAUUUUUGUGUCGUUCACCGGGCACCUGUGCAUUUUCACGAACAUAACGAUCAUUUGAAGGAUAUCGUGAUAGUGAAAGAAGAUUUCUACCCCCAGUUUACGUUUGUUACAAAGUUUCAAGGGCAAGUUGUGUCUCUUACGCCCUGCAUGACUCUUUAAAGUUACAUUCGAGUCGAGCAAAUGUUAAAACCUUUAUAUUGAGAACACAGGCAUUAUCUUGUGGACCUUUUAGACAUGCUGAAGUCAUUCAAGCUUCUCUUCAACUGUAACCUGGUGUUAUCACGCUCCUGCUCUGGAUAUGUGUCUCGAAUGAGGUACCUCAUGAGAUUAAAAGAGGAUGAUGAGGCAUGUCGAGAAGCACUGAAGUCUGGAAACAUUCUGCUGUAUCAUAAGCUUGCUCCUCUACUGCAGAAGACCAACAGCGGCGUUUUCAAACUGGCUAGUCUAAAAACCUCAGAUUUGGAACAUAUACUGGAGAAGGUUGGAAAGGACAAACACUUUGUUAACGAAUCUUUUCUUCUGGGAUGCACUGAUAAGGGUCAACCACAAUUCUCCCUAGAAGUGGGUGAUUUAGACCGCAGUGCAUUGGAGCAGGAGUGUAGAGGUAUGUUUGUGGACCUCAGGAGAGCUUUCUUCAUGAUAACUGGACCAGAGUCUGCUCUAGUGGCCAAAGGACAGGCUCUCCUUCGAUGGCAUCAGACCAAUGGCUUUUGUAGUGCUACGGGUCAGCCUACCGUCAGGAACCAGUCAGGAAGUUUCAGAGUUUGUCCCAGCAGUGGCAUCACUUACUACCCCAAAAUGGCACCUGUAGUGAUCGUGCUGGUGUCUGAUGGGAGCAGAUGUCUGCUGGCGCGGCAGGCCAUGUUUCCUCUGGGCAUGUACAGCGCACUCUCUGGCUUCUGUGACAUGGGAGAGUCAAUGGAGGAAGCCCUGCACAGAGAGGUGGCAGAAGAGGUGGGUCUGGAGGUGGAGAACCUAUAGUACUCUGGAUCACAGCACUGGCCAUUCCCACAAAGCUCCUUUAUGUUAGCCUGCCACGCAACUGUCAACCCAGACAAAACACAGGUGAAUAUAGACACAGCAGAACUUGAAGAUGCUCGAUGGUUCACUUUUGAAGAAAUAACAGAAGCACUACAGAACCCUCCACGCAACCCUAAAGAAGAGCCACCUGUGUUCUGGGUCCCGCCUUCUUAUGCCAUAGCCAAUCAGCUCAUUCAGGAAUGGGCCAAUCAGCAACAGCUAUCAAGAAAAUGACAUGGACUAAAGUAACCAUGCAACUAUAUGUAUGGGUUACCUCUGAUAUAGGAACUUAAAGACAAAAUAGACAUAAAAGCCUAAACAAAAUGUAUUAAUUGUGAUAACCUCAAGACACUGAGGUGGACUACGGAUCUUCAGUAACAUUCAAAAAAGGACUGGAAAAAAUUUGAUAAAUUGAGAAUAACUAUACAAUGAGAAGAUAAUUAUGAUUGUAAUAAUGAUUUCAUAACAUGAAAUAUAGUUGAUGGACUGCAUCAAGAAGCAUCUGGAUUAAGAAAACUGCACAUCUACCUCAAUCAGUUAUGCAUUGUAACUGUUUUUACAGAAAACAUUUUAAUAAACUUGUGUUUUUAAAAUUA